AUGCCUGGCUUGGAUGCUUCGUUCUACCCCCUCAUAUCAUGGUUCCAGGCCAAUGGCGGGACCAUCGAUGAAUCGCGCUUCGGUUUGACGACUUUCCCCGAGGAAGAAGGCGGUCGGGGUGCCAUAGCUCUGAAAGACAUUCCGGAAUCGCAUACUCUUUUCAGCAUCCCCAGGGCACUCACACUCUCAACUCGGACAUCGCGCCUGCCUUCACUUUUUGGGAUAGAUCAAUGGCGGAAGGCUGCACCUGAUGGCUUUGGGCUGGGUAAGGGAUGGGCGGGGUUGAUUCUUUGCAUGAUGUGGGAGGAGGCGAACCACGGACGCUGGGCAGCGUAUCUGGCAAGUCUUCCCAGUCAGUUUGAUACUCCCAUGUUCUGGUCCGACGAGGAACUAGCGGAGCUGAAGGGGACAUCCGUGGUAGAGAAACUAGGUAAAGCAGACGCUGAACAAGAAUACUACAAGAAACUUCUGCCCGCAGUUGAAAGCCGGAAGGAUAUCUUUUUCCCGCAUCAUAUCCCCGUCUACUACACGCUCGAAAAGUUCCACAUACACGGCAGUCGCAUCCUCUCGCGAAGCUUCACAGUAGAUCCCCCUGCGUCCGGGAGCGGGUACUACCAAGACGAGGAGGCCAGCACCGUCAAUGGGUCGUCUCACGCGAUGGAUGUCGACGAAUUAUCGCCCGAAGCUACGCACGAAGACAGCGGGGAUGUUGAUGCCGACGACGACGACGAGGAAGACGAAGGGAUCGUAUCCAUGGUCCCCAUGGCAGACAUGCUCAACGCCAGGUACGAGUCAGAAAAUGCGAAACUAUUCUACGAGGAGGACGAGCUGAAAAUGGUAUCCACCAAACCGAUUAAAGCCGGUGAACAGAUCUUUAACACGUACAGCGAUCUCCCAAAUGCAGAGCUUUUGCGCCGGUAUGGACAUGUUGACUUGCUUCCUCUGCCUGCGGAGCUUGGUUUCGCCACACUUUCGAGCGAUAGUCGCGGCAACCCGGGCGAUGUUGCAGAGCUACGCGCAGAUAUCAUCGUGGAUGUCGCUGCCAGAUCUGCGCUCGGGAAACAGCCAGAUUCCUCGAACCCGACGAAUCCAGAUGCAAUAAUGGAAGAUCUCAAAGGCCGGAUUGAUUGGUGGCUCGAAAUGGGCGGCGAUGACGUAUUUUUACUUGAACCCGCGGCAUCACCGCUGCCAGACGAUCUAGUCUCCCUCAUCCGUCUACUCACGGACGAUUCCGAAUGGCGGAAGGCCCAAGAAAGAGAUAAACCGCCCAAAGCUAAGGCCGACAGCGAUACAUUAACCAUCAUGAUGGAAGUCCUAGAGCAGCGAUUGGCCUUGUACGAUACCACCCUUGAGGACGACGGAGCGACACUGGCGUCCUCAGCCGACCUUCCAUUGCGAAAGAGAAAUGCACUUGUGGUCCGAUUGGGGGAGAAGCGAAUCUUGCAUGGUCUCCGCCAGAAGGUCUCAAAUGAACUGGCUGCAUUGGCGUCUAAAGCAGGCGAUGAAUUGGCCGGUGGUUCAAAACGAAGGGGCGAAGGUGGUGAUGAAGGGCGAACCAAGAAGCAGAGGCGUUGA